AUGGCCCCAUUAGCAUCUAUCCCCGAAGCAAACUCAUCAAUCCAAAGCACUUUUGAAUUCCACCGCCCGGUCUCUAGAUCUUUAUUUCUGUCCCACCGCCGCGGUCGAUGUCGUUUGUCUGGUCGGAAACUAGCCGUCAAAAAGCGCUUUCGACCAGCUUAUCAUGGUGUGACUGACCACACCAUGGCUGCCAAAGAGAAACACACCUGCAUAUUCGACAAGAACGAAUUGUCCAGUUCGUCUCGAAAAAUUGAAAAGACUUCGAAUGGCGCCAUGUCGAAUGGACAAGCUCAAAUUGUUGCCAAUUUGCGCAAAUCUGAGUCCCCUUUCGACCUCGAUGCUUUUCCUCAACCCCCUUCUAAAAACAAAGGUGCUCCCUUUGAUGCUAUGCACACCCACAACGUUGCUACUCAGCCGCGGAAAUACCGGCCGGCACAGAGACCGCCAUUGACUCUAGCACAACGCAAAUUGCUUGUUCCCAAUCAAAAAGAGCCGGCCACGAUUGGACAAACUGUAAAGGAGGCUGUACACAAAUCAAGCCGUCAGUCCGUAGACUCCGUGCUCGUUGCGGCGGUUUCGCGAAGCAUCGCCCAACAACUUCGGUUGAUCUCAGCCACGUCGUACCGAAGUCGAAGUCCGUCACGACCACAAUCAGCUACAAAUGACGGUGGAUCGUCUACAUCCGGCGGCCGGCGACGUGUUUUGCACCGAUUUACGAGAGAUUUAGAAACAUAUGCGGAGCAAAUAUCAGCAAAGGGAAAAAUUUUCAAUGACACAUCUACACCACCGACAGAUGCCGCUACACUUGACACGGUGGCCGAAUUGCUUCCUUACCGUUCACAACUCCGGGCGGCAGGACUCGCAGUGACAUCAAGAGAACAAGCCCAAGGUGUGCCUUUCGAAAGGCGAGACCCUGCACCAGGCUUUUCAGGGACUAAAAGGCGCAACGACGGUCAUGGAAGACGCGGGCAGUUAGACGGUUACGACAACUCUGGUCCAUCACAGAGCACCAAUACCGAGAUAUCGUUUGCAGGACCCCAAGACAUGGAUGAGUACCGAUAUGCACUUAUUGAAGAGGCACCCGCUCGAAAAAAAAAAAACCGAGUCGGAAAAAAGAGGGCACGUCGUCGCUGUCUGCCUUGUUUUCCCGCCAAAGACGAUUUGACGACGGAUACUGAGUGGACUCAUUUUAAGUCUUGGUCGAGAAAACCAGCCAAAGUUGUUCAAACGCAACCCCGAGGCGAAUCAAUGAAUAAGAUUGCAAACCGGAACCAAGCAGUAGCUCACAGCCAAGUGACACCAAGCUCUAUCCCGCAAAGUCCUCGCCACAUUUCUUAUGCCCAAGGGACAGAAAGUGCUGCCCGUGCAAACCCGCCAUACCAGUGGGACAGACCUAAUUUCAUUACCACAGGCAGGCGGCACUCCAUGACCCUGCCCAAAUAUAAACAACAAGGUGAAGAUUGCUACAUUAGACACCGGAAGCGGCGAGUUCGAGGAGGACAGAUUCAAAAUCAAAAAAAUGAUUUGCCGAGGCUGGAUGAUGGGAAGUAUUCGACAAAAAAUGCUGUGCUUUGGCAUGAAGCCUCAAGCCCCAGCGUCAAGCCCCCGGCCGAAGAGGCAAAGGAUGUACGUGAGCGACAGCGUUCCGAAAAACCAGUGGACAGAUUGGUUGCAGCUGAAACAGGCGGGGGCGGCGAUCUAGCGACGAGCAUUAAAGCAAGGACCCGGCGGGUUCGUCAGCGUUCAGGCCUGCCUACCCGAUCGUUCCGAGCAAAAGACGGCCCGGUCCAUAAAUACGAUCCUUACCACGUGGGAAUAUGCUGCCCGAAGAGUAGAGGUGUGCCUCCCAAGCUGACGGCUCGGCCAAACAUUCCCAGAAGAACAUCGUCCAUCAAAGGAAGCUUGGGUUCCAUUGAGUUGGAAUACGAUGACAGGGAGAUACUUGACCGCGACGUUCUUCGGGGCUUGCAUGUGGCGGCUUCUGCUGCAUGCAACGAGGAGGUUGAUGCAUUUGUGAGAAAUAAAACAGGGCUUCGAAUCCGCCGGUUCCUGGCUGAUUUGAUGGUAUUGGAGACCCUCACCGCGGUCCGGCCCGGAGAAGAUGACCAGCAACACGCUCGGAGAAGGCGUGCUGAGAUGAGAAAACUCAAACAACAGAUAAGGAGAUCUCGUGAGAUUGCACUGACGGGCGGCGCUGUUUGA